AUGGGAACUCAUGAACAAUUUUUGUGGAUUUGUUUCUGGAAUCCUGCCACGAGAUCUACAUCUCAAAAGUCGUUCAAAUUAGAACAACAGUACGAGCAUAACACUUAUUUCUAUCUCUGGAUUGGCAUAGGCUUUGGCUAUGAUCAUGUUAGUGACACUUACAAGGUGUUAUUCCUCGGGAAAAAUCACAAGGGCUUUGUGUUUAACAUGGGUGACACUUAUUGGAGACACGUUGUUUCAUCUAUCCCUCCCGAUCUGGCCAAUUCACCAAAUGCGGACAUAAUUGGAGUUUACUUCAACGGGACUCUCAACUGGGUAGCCCAUGAGGACCCGUUUCAUUGUGAUGCCACGAUUCUUUCCUUUGAUUUGAAUAAGGAAGAGUUUGUGAGGUUCUUGUUGCCAACUAUAUCCUGCUGGGAUAACAGAACUGAAGCACAUGUUGGAGUUUUGGGUGAAUGUCUGUGUGUUUCUAUCUUUAAACGUGAAUUUUUUAGCAUUUGGCAGAUGAAGGAGUUUGGAAUUGAUAAGUCUUGGACUAAAUUGCUCAAUUUGAAUAAUGUGAAUGAAUUACUAGACCAUGACUUGCCGACUCCCCUUGACUUUCCACUAUACAUGUUUGACAAUGGUGAUUUCCUCGUGCGCCUAGAAGACAACUUCUACAUGCUCAUCAAUGAUAGAUACAUUCAUUCUUUACAGAAAGCAAUUGUUGUAACUGCGAAAGCACUAUUUUCAGGCAUUCCAGUCCCAGGAUCUGUUGGUGCCCCUUCCACUUCCUCUCUGGUUGUUAGCAGAGAUGCAAUUGACGCGGCAGACCUUGGAAAAUUGCAUUAUUUUUUGGAUAUUGAAGUAGUGCAAUCAGCUGCCGGAAUUUCUAUUUCUCAAAAGAAAUAUGUUAAGGAAAUUCUGGACAACUUUGAAAGGAUUGCAAUCCAGUAG